AUGGGCAGCUCUGCCUCCAGCCUGCUGGAUGAGAGCAAAUGCUCCUACAUCCGAGGAACGACAGAGGCUGUCAUCAAAACCUUCAGCCCCCACUACCGACGCCAGUAUGCGGUGGCUUUCUGCAGGCACGUGCAGGAUGAGCUGGAGCAGCACCAGGAGUCUCAGUUCCGGUUCCUGAAAACCAAGCCCCCAGUGGAAGCUGGAACAGUCUUGUAUGAGGCAGAGGUGCUGCAUUUUGCCAAGGAUCUGAAGAAGUGGAAGGACCAAUAUGUUGUUAUUGAAAAUGAUUACACUGUGGGUUGCUUUGAGACUAAGGAGGCCUACCAGAAUGGAGCCAGCCCUAAAUAUCAUAUUUUUCCUGCUGGAGGCAAAGUACUGACUUCAGAAGAAGAUUACAACUUGCUGUCUGAUAAACAUUUUCCCAAUCCAGCUGGUUCAAGUGAGAAGGAGGUUGCUCAAGCCUUCAUUCAGCUCCCAAGGGAAUUCCCUGUUUACCUGUGGCAGCCCUUCUCCCAACACAGCUACUACUGCUUCCAGGAGCCAGGAACUCAGAGGCAGUUCAGCGCCGUGCUGGAGGACUGUGUGAGACACUCAAACCAUGAUUUUCUCAAGCAAACCACAUAUGAAGUGAAGGCAUUCCUAGAAGCCAUUCAGUUCUUCCGGCAGGAGAAAGGCCGCUAUGGGAUGUGGGAAAUGAUAACUGGGAAUGAAAAGGAGAUCCUGAGCAACCUUGUGAUGGAGGAACUGCUGCCUACCCUUCAGACCAUGAUACUACCCAAAAUGAAAGGAAAAAGGAAUGACAGAAAGCGUGCCUGGUUUGGUGUUGUAGAAGAAACUUACAGCUUGGUCCAGCAGCAAGUGUCAGAAGCAUUAAGUACCUUGAAAGAAGAGUGCAGAGAUUAUACAAAAACUCUUGAAGGAACAAUUCGCUCUGACAUGGAUCAGAUUCUAAACUCCAAAAACUACUUAGCUGGAAAAAUCAAAGCCAGUGUUUUGGAGCCUGCCCAGAAGUGCUGCACAGAGAACAUCCAUCCAUUCCUCCCAUCCAUCUUGGAGGAGCUCAUGGGUCCUGUGAGCUCUGGUUUUGCUGAAGUCCGUUCACUUUUUGAUAAAGAAGUUAAUGAAAUCAUCCAGGACUUCCAGAAGACAAAUGAUCUCACAAAGCUAAAGGAGAAUGUGGGUCAGCUUAUCAACCUGCCAUUCAACUCUGUGAAAAUGGAGCCCUGCUAUCUGAAAGUGAACCUCCUCCAGGAGCUCCUUCAAGACCUCAGAAGUCGCUUCAAGGUCUCCCACAUUGAUUUGAUUAUUCAGAAGACACAGAACUUCAUGCAGGAGCUGAUGGAAAAUGCAGUUUAUACUUUUGAGCAGUUGUUCUCUUCAAGUCAACAGGCAGACUCGGCGAGAGUUGCAACAACCAUUGAAAAAGUCAAGCUGAGAGUACUGAAGCAAUAUGAUUAUGACAGCAGCACCAUCAGGAAGAAGAUAUUUCAAGAAGCACUGGUACAGAUUACUUUGCCCACAAUGCAGAAGACACUGGCUUCCACGUGCAAACCAGAGCUGCAGAAAUAUGAGCAGUUCAUUUUUGCUGAUUACACAAGUGUGAUCCAAGUAGAGAAUGUGUAUGAGGAGAUUUUAUAUCAAACACUGCUUGAGGAAACCCUGAAAGUGAUAAAAGAAGCUGCCAUUAUGAAGAAGCACAACCUGUUUGAAGAUAACUUGAAUUUGCCCUGUGAAAGUGUGUCCAGCUUAACAGACCUGAAAACCCCUUCAGGAUCAGCACAAACCACCCCAUCAAAGAAGCCUCCCACCACCCCAGCCAAGGCCUCUAACACUGACAUUCCAAGUGAUGAAACACUCAUUGUGACAGGAAAAGUUUCUUGGGAGAAGGAUGGUGAUGAUAAAAAAUCAUCAGGUAAAGAGGCAGCCACUCCUCUGAAUGAUCAGCAAAGCCAAAGUGAAGAUGUGGUGCUUAUAGGUGUCAGUGACAAAAGAGAGGCUCUUCCAGCUAUACUCACACACCAAGAAGUUGCAGAGGAAAAAAGCACUUUGCACAGUGAAGCAAAGUGUAUGAUGAACACUGAGAAAGAGCUUAAGACACAGCAAGAAGCUGUGGAGGGAAAAGAUGCUCUUGGGACUGAAACUGCAGUGAAAGAUUUUGGAGCCAGACCUAAAAAAGAGCUUAAGGUUCACGAAGCAGAGGAAAGGGACAUGAAUCCUUCUGAGAGCCAAACAGCAGUGGAUGAAGUGUUUGUUGAUGGCACUGAAAAAGAAAGCAAAGCACAGGAAGAAGUUGAUGAGGCAAAGGUGACUUCCUCACAUGGCAAUGUAGCAGAAGCAGAGAUUUUAGGGAAUGCUGAAGAGAAAAUCAAGGUAGAAAUAGAAAUUACAAAAAUAAUAUCCCAAAGGGAAGAUGCAGUAAGAAUAGGAUUUGAAGAGGACACUAAAAAAGAAAGCAAUAACCAAGGGGCAAGUACUGAGACAGGGGUUGUUUCCCAGGAUGAAAACACAAGGAAAGGAGGGUUUGGGGAUAAUUCCAAUAAAGAAGGGAAGUCAGAAGAAAAGAGUUGUAAAUCCCCUGAUGAUGUGAAUGAGAGACAGAUUUUGCUUGUGGUAAUGGCUGAGAUACCAGCAGCUCCUCCAGCUGAGAACAUAAAAGAGAUUGGUGAAGGUGAGAGAUUAAAGUUGCAGGAGCUGAAUGAAGGGAACAAUGAGUUGAGCAAAAUGGCUGCAGCAGAAACUCAAAUGAGCCAAAUGAUCAUGAGUGAAGAUGCAGCAGAAUGUGCUAAAUUCAGGGAGGACCAAGCACCUUCAUCCAGUUUGGGGACAGAUUAUAGUAAUUUAGUGAAUGUGUCCAAAGGGGCUUUCAAUAUGGUACAAGCAGAAGGGCUGGUGGAAGGCUCAGAUGUGCCUCAGGAGGCAAGGGCAGAGGUGGAAAUGAAGCCAAGUGUUUGGUACAGAGGCACAUCAAGCUGCACAAGUGAUAGACUGCAGGCAGAAGGACACACUGAGAACAUGUCUGAAGGCAACAGAUUAGAUGGGGAGGAAGGAGGAGCAGGGAGCAGCCGUGCCAUCCUGGAGGCAGGGAUUGAGAGCUUUUCUCCUGAUCCUGCUGAAAGUGCAGACACAAGACCAGGGCCCAUUCUGGAUAGAGAAAACCCAGGAAAAGGACUGCUAGAAGUGCCAGGUUCUGUGGUGCCAGAGCAGGGUGAGGUAAGUGCUGUGGGGAUCUCAGGAGGUGCAGAGCUUAGGGAGGGUGAAGGGAAGCCAGAAAAUGAAUCAUCUUCACAUACAGAAAUAACAAGCACAGAAGUAAAAGAUACUUUCCCAGUAGGAAACAGAGAAGGUAGUUGUGCACUGCAACAGUCUGAAGGGUAAGGAAGAGUUUUCAGCCCAGCCCUGCAGGAUUUAUUCACUCCAGAAAUCCC